CAUCGCACCAUCUCAUCAUGCUCCGCCCCCUCUUGCCACGCCCGCGCCCCCUCGCCUUCAGCGCGUCGCUCGCCCCCGCGCACGCACUCAUUCCGCGCGCCCGCGCCCGCGCCCUCUCCACCACACAAUGGGACGUCCCGCCCGUCCAGCUCUCCUACGACGUCCACGACCCCCCCGCCGUAACCGGGAAGGGAUGCAUGGUGAUCGCGCACGGCCUGCUCGGCUCGAAAGCCAACUGGCGCGGCCUCGCGCGGCGCUUCGCGAAAGAGCUCGGUGUGCCCGUAUACACUCUCGAUAUGCGGAACCACGGGCGGUCGCCGCACGCCGCGCCGCACACGUACGCCGCGAUGGCGGGGGACGUGGCGCGCUUCGUGCGAGACCACGCGCUGCGGGACGUGCAUCUCCUAGGGCAUAGCAUGGGCGGGAAGACGAUGAUGGCGCUGGCGCUCAAUGCAGGGCUGAAUGCGCCCGUCAAGUCGCUUGUUAGUGUCGAUAUCGCGCCGACAAACGCGCCAAUCGAGCCGCAAUAUGCCGGGUACCUCCGCGGCAUGCGCGAGAUCGAGGCGGCACGCGUAGGCAAAGAGGAGGCCGAGGCCAUGCUGGUCCCGUACGAGGCGGACGCGGCCGUGCGGCAGUUCCUGCUGACGAACGCGGUGAUGGCGGGCCACGUGUGUUUCCGGGUCGCGAUCGACACGCUCGCGGCGGCCACGGACGGGCUCGGCACCUUCCCGUAUGCUGUGGGCGAAGCGGCGUGGGACGGCCCGACGCUCUUCCUGCGCGGCAGCAGGAGCGACUAUGUGCUCGACGAGUGUCUGCCGGACGCCCGGCGAUACUUGCCCCGCCUACGGGUGGAGACGCUCGACGCGGGACAUUGGGUGCAUGCGGAGCGGCAGCGGGAGACGGGGGAUGCGGUGGUGGAGUUUGUAAAGGGGGCGAUGGGGGAGUGAGCA